UCUUCACCAUGACAAAGGCUGAAACGAUCUUCGCAUUCUACCUUGUGAUCAUCGGCGCUAAAGCACUCAACUUACGAGAUCGGAAGUAUGACAUCCCUGUCUUGGAUCCACUAGUGGUCCAGAACCUUUUUCUGACACACUCGGGUAUAAACGUAUCUUCCAGCAAUUUCACCAUCGCGGGAGUGAAGGAUGCCGUUAUUGAAGAUUUCAGCAUUGACUUCGAGAAGCAGAUCAUCCGAGUUUCGUUCCUAAUUCCGCAUGCUGUGCUGAAUGGAGAUUACUCAAUUGCUGGAACGUUGGUAGGACUGCCGAUAUAUGGCAAAGGACUCUAUGAAACCUCCUUUGGUUAGUGUUACUAGUAUAUAAUGUACGCGAGAAUUAAGUGUACUGCACUUCUAG